CUCACUCUCGCCGUUCAAACCAAAGUGGUGGUGGAGGUGGCAGGGACUGGUAGCACCUCUCGUCUUCUCUCGUGAAGAAUCUCUGCAAUUUGGCAAACAAUGGCGAGCAGUGUUAAAGAAGAAGUUAAGAAGGAGAUACCGGAGAUCAUCAGAAACCCAACCACCGGCGCCAAGUACCAGAGGAGCAAGUUUUUGGGCAAGGGAGGCUUUGCAAGAUGUUACGAGUUGACAGAUAUGAAGACAAAGGAAAUCUUUGCUGGAAAGAUAGUGGCCAAGAGCCUGCUGCUAAAACCCCACCAGAAGGAGAAGAUGUCCCAGGAGAUCUGUAUCCACCGUAGUCUGAAACACAAGCACUUGGUUGGUUUCCACAGCUAUUUUGAGGAUGCUGAUAAUGUGUACAUCAUCCUGGAGCUCUGCCGCAGACGAUCAAUGAUGGAAUUACACAAGAGACGAAAAGCAAUCACUGAGUCAGAGACACGGUACUUUCUGAAGCAGCUGCUCCUUGGUGUGAAGCACCUCCAUGACAACCGUGUCAUCCACCGUGACCUGAAGUUGGGUAAUCUCUUUCUUAAUGAUGAGAUGGAGCUAAAGAUUGGAGACUUUGGCUUGGCAACACGUGUUGACUAUGAGGGCGAGAGGAAGAGAACUUUGUGCGGCACCCCCAACUAUAUUGCUCCUGAAAUCUUGUGUAAGAAAGGACACAGUUAUGAAGUGGAUGUCUGGUCUAUAGGAUGUAUCCUGUACACACUGUUAGUUGGUAAGCCUCCAUUUGAGACCCAGACUCUGAAAGACACUUACACAAGGAUCAAGAAAAAUGAAUACCACAUCCCAUCCCGUAUUGGGCCUUUGGCACGCUCCCUUAUUCAGAAGCUGCUGCAGGCAGACCCCUUGCAGAGGCCCAGUGUGAACAAGAUCCUUGAGGAUGACUUCAUGACCCUGGGCUAUAUCCCAUCUCGGCUGCCUACCUCCUGCCUCACCAUGGCCCCCAGAUUUGAUUCCCACUGUGCUCUUGUGGCAACCAGGAAGCCCCUCCUGGAGAUCAACAAUACAGAUGGUUCUCCUGUGAAGAAUGCACAAAAGGAUUGCCUGAAGAAGGUGGAAGGUGCAGGUGGUCUUAAGGGUCACACACCUCACAGCUCUGCCAGCAGAGGGCAACAGCAAGCAGGUGCACAUCAGGAAGCAACAUCACAGCAACAGAAGCAUGAUGAACCCACUGACUGCUACCUCAAGGACUUGUAUAAUCAGAUCAACUCUGUUGUCAUGUCCAAGCCUGAUGAACGGGACAAUGUGAAUGAAGAGGAAAGUGAAGAUCCAGCAGCAGUGCCCAUGAUCUGGGUCAGCAAGUGGGUGGACUACAGUGACAAGUAUGGCCUUGGAUACCAACUCUGUGAUGACUCUAUUGGUGUGCUCUUUAAUGACUUCACCAAAUUACUGUUGCUGGCAGAUGGGGAGAACAUCCACUACAUAGAAAGAAACAACAUUGAGCAUUAUCAUCAGCUUAAGAAUUAUCCUGGAUCCCUCAACAAGAAAGUUACUCUUCUUCGAUAUUUCCGCAAUUAUAUGAAUGAACACUUACUGAAGGCUGCAGCCUCUAUGUGCCCAAGGGAGGGAGAUGAACUGGCACGUAUUCCCUCUCUUCGUACAUACUUCAGGACUCGCUCAGCCAUCAUCCUCCACCUCACCAAUGGCACCCUUCAGAUAAAUUUCUUUGAUGAUCACACUAAGAUCAUCCUGUGUCCUCUCAUGGGAGCUGUGACUUACAUAGAUGACAAGAGGAACUUCAAAACCUAUCGACUUGCGAGCUUGGAGAAGUAUGGAUGCAAGAAAGACCUAGCCAACCGCCUCCGCUAUGCCCGUAACAUUGUCCAAAAGUUGAUGGUGACCAAGUCUUCAGUGAAGUCUUCAGCAACCACAUCUGCUACCUCCCAAGAAUCCCAACCCACUACUGCCUGAAAGAUCCAACCACAUCUAAACCUGUUGUUUCCACUUCUUCUUUGGCAUUAUUUUUAUUGGCUUUAGGAGAGACUUUUAGAAUGUUUGUCAAAAUGCUGUGAAUUUAUUCUUUUAUUACAUGUCCUACACACAUUGUCAUGUAUGGUAUGAAAUUUUAUGCCUUUUCAAGGAAUCUGAGAAAAUAUUGAAGAUUUCUUUUCCCACUUUUAUUCAUAAUAAAAUAAAUCAGUCAUCUUGUAAUAAGCUUCCUUUAAAACCAAUGCAAAACUAAAUAUUUCCUAAGUAUGUGUUACUAGACUGCCUGAAGCUUGAGAGUGUGCCCUGGAGAUUGUAAAUCCAGAGCUGUGGUAUCAUUCAUCCUUCUCUGCCAAGUCAUUUCUCUAACUGAUGCCAAAUAUAUGCUUAAUGGAACUGGAAUGUAUGUACACGUGUGUUUGAGUUACAUGGAGCAUGAUGUGGUGUAGUUGUAGAGAAAAGAAAAGCAGUAUACUUCUUUCUCUCACCACCCAUCCACUCCAAUUUCCACUCUCAUACUAGUUUUUACAGUGUUGAAAGUUCAGCUCCUUUGUAAUGAGUUGAGUGCCAGUUUUAUCAGAAUAAAGGUAGCUGCUGUAACAUUCAACUCCAGCAUUGAAGUACUGGAACUGACAUAAUUUUUAUGCUUUUAAAAGUACUAUUCUUAUUAAUUCUUUUCAUCCUGAAAUGAACACAAAAUGAAUCACAGUCUUCUAAAGUUCAGAUAAUUCAUCAGAGGAAGUUAACAUUGUAGUAUCUUCAAGUGUUAGUUGUAAUUAUGAUAAGAAUGGACUUUUAAUUUUAUUUUUGUACCUUUUAUUUAAUUUAGAGGGUAAGAAUUUUUUUCUAUACAGUGACUGACUGAGGGUAACAAGGGAGGGCUAAUCUGUGUAUCACAGGACUGUUUUUGUUCAUGCAUCUAGAAUAAGUUGUGUACUGCUUCCAUAUAGGAGGUAGUGGGCUUGUUGAUGGAUAUUAAUGUUACAAAAUGAUUAUAUAAGAUUGCUAGGAUGUGAUGAUUUUGUUCUUCCCCCAUUUCUCUCUCUCUCUCUCUCUCUCUCUCUCUCUCUCUCUCUCUCUCUCUCUCUCUCUCUCUCUCUCUCUCUCUCUCUCUCUCUCUCUCUCUCUCUCUCUCUCUCUCUCUCUCUCUCUCUCUCUCUCUCUCUCUCUCUCUCUCUCUCUCUCAUCUAACCAUCAAUACCCAUCUAGUUAUGUAUAGAUAGGUUUAUAGCAUACUAAACAAUGAAUGUAUAUAACAUUAAUUGGUAGGUUGUAAUAUGUUUUGUACUUCCCAAUUACAUAUAUACUGAUUAUACAUACUUGCUGUACUGACAUGGAUAUACCACUCCCUCUCCACUUGCUGUCUCCUACUAUACUUCAGAGGUAACUGUAGCUCAUGUCAAGUUUAGUCAUUGGCAUUAUUUAUAAUCAUGCUCAUCCAUCUCAUCCCUGCUGAGGUGUAUGGAACACUACUACUCUAUUGGUGUUCUAGACUGGCUCUCCUCUUGGCACCUCUCAGCUGUUAUGGGUGUAAAUACUCUGUGCAGUAAUAAAGUAUGUGCGUCAUU